AUGGAAACAUUUAGAAAGGCCCUUGAAUGUUGCUUCUUAAAAGCAAUCCAGACUAGAGGCUCAAGAUACACUUGGGCAAACAAUAGAAGAGGGAGAAGCUUUACCAAAGAAAAGUUAGAUCGAGCUCUAGCAAACCCAACUUGGAAGCAUUUGUUCAAGGAUGGUUGCUGCUCUGUGGAACCGACAGUAAAAUCAGACCACUCUCCACUUGUUGUCUUUAUUGGGAAUAGAAAUUCUUAUGGAAUACUACAUUCAAAAUGCUCCAGGAUGGAAGCAGCAUGGUUACUAAAAGAAGACUGCGCUCAAACUAUAAAGGCGGCUUGGGGAAAAGCAGCUAGUGGUGAAGACCUUUCAACCAUUAUGAAGAGAAGACUUCUCAAUUGCAGGUAUGCUCUAAACACAUGGAAUGCCAAAACAAACAAAAAGAUCCCUGCAGAUAUAAAGGAAAAACUGGUAAAACUGAAGCACCUGCAAGAAAAUGGAAGAGGGGAGCAUAUAGAUUCUGCUUCAAAUCUGCAAAAGAAAUUGACCAAUCUCUAG